UUUACUUCCGAUCAUUCUCUUUUAGGAAGACUCUAUUAUCUAAAUUCAUGCCUGCUGUGGUUUCUUCGUACUUUCAGCCGUCUCAGAAAGCGGCUCUCCCUGUGCGCUUUCCUCGCUGAAAUGUCUGCAAUCAAGUUUGCCAGGGAAGCGUUUGGACGUGAAAAGCCUCAUUCUUCCAUCACCGAUUGGGUUGAGAUUCUGACGGCAAGCACCAUUGCGGAGGAGGCGUAUGAUGGAAUCCCGGAGCUCGUCGACGCCAUCAACCUCCAGCCACAUGCAGGUCCUGCCGAGGCCUCCCGGGCGAUACGCAAGAAACUCAAGCACGGUAGUCCGCAUCAACAGUACCGUGCUCUCGUGAUCCUUAAAGCUUUGGUUGAGAACUGUGGAGAUAAAUUCAAAACCUCAUUUGCUGAUGGACAGCUAACCGACGCGCUCAAGCACCUCGCCAACGAUAGCUACGCCGAUAAGAGAGUGAAGAAAAAGCUGAUUCUCGUUCUGAAGUCAUGGCAUGAGCAGUUCCAAUCCGACCCAUCCAUGUCCAUGUUCUCCAAUCUCUACUCGCAAACUGUCCGUGACCGGCCGCACGUCACGGAUACCUAUCUGGACCCCGAAAUACAGCAGCGGAAAGUAGAAGAUGCCAAACGCAAAGCUCAGGAAAAGGCCGAGGCUAAAGAGCGUCAGAAGCUAGAAGAAGAGAAACGGAAAGAGGAGAAACGGAAGAAGAAGCAACCCAAGCCCAAACGCGCCCCUUUUGAUUUUGAGAAGGAGAAACCGAAAGUAUUGUCAAGUAUCGUUGACGCUUCCCAGGCUUCCAGCAAUCUCGUCAAUGCUAUCACUCUUGUCAAUAGGGAGACCGACAGUCUGCAAGCCAACGAACGCGUCCAAGAAUGUCUGUCAAAAGCUAAACUGGCACGAAAACAGAUAGUACGCUACAUACAACUCGUGGAGAACGAAGAGUUAAUAGGAACCCUUAUCGAAACCAACGAGCGGGUUAUUAACGCCCUGGAGACUUAUGAUAACGUCUUGAAUGCCCCGGCAAAGAAAGCAGACGACAAUGUUGACACUCUGUCGGCUCCUCUUGCGAAGGUUCACCUAACAGGAGAAAGCGAAGUUAUUAAAUUGCAGGAUAAGCAGCGCGCUGCCGUCGAACGUGCUAAAUAUCGGAACGAUAGCGGCGCAUAUGCUGACCUACAAGAUAUUAAUUUUGGUUCAAUUGAUGGUUCUUCUACGGACCUACAACCACCUCUACGGCCUUCUACCUCUAUCACGUAUUCAGACGAAAGCAAUGAUGUCAGAGGCUCGCUAUCGGACUUCAGCGACUACGAGUCAUCAGAUGAGGAGACUCACAAUACUUCUUCGCCAGCAUGGACACGAGCACAAAAACAUUACGUCGAUGAUGAUCCAGAUUCCGUGGGACUGGGUAUUAGCGGCGUGAAUAAGGAGGAAGGUGGUUCUAAUGUUGCAUUGGUCGAUGUGGAGGAUCCAUUUGCGGACCCUUUCGCUGACGAAGUUGCCAUAGGACCAUCGAAGAGAUGGUGAAUGGAGCAGCGGUUGCUGUAGUAGUGUACAUAUAUGCAGAUCUAUAGCGUUAGUUACAUAAGUAUAGCGAUGAAAUGGAAUUUCGAGUUUUGGUCAUAUAAUAAAAUG